AGCCAAUUUGCGAAAAUUAAUCAAGAUGUGGGAAGACAUUAGUGACCUAAAUUGAGCGUUGUUAGAGAAUUAUGAAGACCAGAACUUUUCAGUAGGCCAGGUAAAGCCUGAGAUCGCCAAGACAGACGAAAACGAAUGCGAGAGGUCCUUCUUUGAUAAUACAUCGAGUUCUAGCUCUGACCUAGACGAGGAGUCAGAAGAGGCUUUCUUAUUUAAGUCCUCACUCAAAGUAGGCUCUACGUUUUUGGAAAUUACUACUAAUUGAGAUGAUAACUCUGAAGUCAUCCUGAAUCACACUAGAGCGUUGUGUCACCUCAAAAACAUAACUAGUGAUACGGUAGUUGCUUACUAUACAUCUACUAAGAAGAGAGGGUUCAUCAAUAGCAACUGAAGACUCAAAAAUUUUGCAGGAUUGCUAUUACCAGGAGAGGAGAUUACCAUAAAAGUUAGCAAACGAGAUUUUCAAAACCUCGACUUAAUAGCGAAUGAUCCAGAGGAUGACAUAAUGAUGGUCAAGGCAAUGCCUGUAGAUGAACUCCAAAUAAAUUCAUCAAACGUUUGUUCCCACAGGAGGAAUCUCGCAAACAUUUUUAACAAAUAUAACAUUGAUCUUAUGUUUACAUUGCUAAACAUAGAAAUUUCAAUUAAGCUUCAGAAUUUACUAGAUGUUCCCGCUUCUAAUGGAACGAAGUAUCUGAAGCCUCCUCGUCAGAAAUUAUCGAGGGGUAAAUCUGUGAAGGAUACAAUGGGGUCUUCGCAAAAAUCACGAAGGAAGCCAUCCUUGUAUACUAAUGAUGUGACAUCAGUUCCUUCUCAAAGUGAUCAGGAUUCGCAGUCACAAAGCUCAAGCUUUGCUCAAUUUCAGCAAUAG